AUGGAGACACCGGGACAGCGAGAAAUUGGACAGUCUGUAAAUGGUAUACAAUUGGAUCUGGAGGGGUUUCAGGCCCUUGCCGCUGUAGCGGACGAUGGACGUAUCAAUGUCGACCUUCACCACAGGCAUGGCAAAGCAUGUGCGACAGUUGAGCGUUUGCUAAGCUCCAUGGCCGAGCAUGAAAGCGAAAUCGAGCACGAAGGACAAAUCGAUGUCGAAAAGAAGCCCCCAAAUUUGAAUAUUGUUAUUCAAAUAGUCGGAUCCCGCGGUGACGUGCAACCCUUUGUCGCAUUGGGGAUACAGUUACAGGAAUUUGGACAUCGUGUUCGUAUAGCCACACACCCUCCUUUUAAGAAUUUCGUCGAGAAUGCCGGCCUGGAAUUUUUCAGCAUCGGCGGUGACCCCAAAGAAAUGAUGACCUAUAUGGUUAAACAUCCCGGACUCUUACCUCAUUGUAAGAGCACAUAUGAUGGCGAAGUGCACGAAAGACGAAGAACGAUACAAGGAAUCCUGGAGAGUUGUUGGUUAUCUUGUUUCAUCGCCGGAGACAAUCUUGACUCAAUCGACAACGUGCCGACCGUUCAGAAAAAACCGUUUGUUGCCAAUGCCAUUAUAGCCAACCCUCCAUCAUUUGCCCAUAUCCAUUGCGCAGAAAAACUCGGUGUUCCACUUCACAUGAUGUUUACGACCGAAACACUUGACUUGAUGCCUGUUGAUGUUCUAUCUGCUUCAGCUGCAGUUUCCAAAUUUCAGGUUCCAUUCACGUAUUGCUGGUCGCCUUCUCUGAUACCCAAGCCGGUAGACUGGGGCCCACUGAUAAGCAUAUCCGGCAGCUAUCAUCUACAGCCGCCUGUUCACUACACUCCUCCGUAUCAUCUGAUUGAGUUUUUGGAAAGGUUUCCUGGAUCUAUUUAUAUUGGAUUUGGAUCGAUUAUGUUGGAAGAUGCUGAUAAGAUGACUCGACUUUUGCUCAAAGCAAUUCAAAAAGCAGGAGUCAGUGCAGUCAUCCACAAAGGAUGGGCCGGUUUGGGAUGCAAUGUACCCGAGCCUCUGCCUGAAGUCCUUUUUAUCGAUGAUUGUCCUCACGGCUGGAUUUUCAGGCGAGUCUCUUGCGUCGUGCACCACGGGGGUGCUGGAACUACAGCGGCAGCUGUAGCCGCAGGAAAACCGUCGAUUAUCAUACCUUUCUUUGGCGACCAACCAUUUUGGGCGGAAAUGGUAGCAAUGGCAGGGGCAGGACCCCCGCCAAUUGCGUUCAAAAAUUUGACAGCGGAUCGCGUCGCGCAUGCCAUCCGCGUUGCGCUUACUCCCCAAGUCUCUGGAUCGGCUAUUAAGCUUGGAAUGAGAGUUGCAAAGGAGGAUGGCGUCGCGAAUGGGGUGGAUGCAUUUCACAAACAAUUAUCGAGGUAUAAAAUGGAGUGUUCGAUCUUCCCUUCCCGCGUCGCGACGUGGAAAGUUCGAGAAACAAGCAUCUCACUUUCUUCAUUCGCAGCCUCGGUGUUGAUGGAGAAUGAUGUUUUUGAUCUCGGAUUCAUUGAGCCUAAGGCUUCGGAAGCUGUCGGUAUUGCACUGUACUCCGCGGUACAGCUUCUCCAGGGAGUCAAAGAACUAGGGACGUUCAUGCCAAAUAUGUUGGCAAAUCAUCAUGUGCCACUAGCAGACUCUAAGCCUCCCAGCCGCAGUAGACUGAAAAGUGGAAUCACGGGGCUUGGCCAGAUAUCCCAUGGUGUGGUAAAAGCACCAAUUGAUGCGGCUGUUGCCAUCACCCAGGCGAUUCACAACACUCCACGACUCUGGGGAGGUGUAGUUCGGGAAAAUGAACCUUGUGUGACUGGUAUUGCUAGCGGACUGAAGGCUGGUAGCAAGGUGAUUGAUCCCUUUAUCUGA